UAUUAAAAUAGUUAUAGGAAAUUUUGUUCUGGUUUUCCUGUAGCCGUUGACCAUACAAUAAAAAAUUCAAACUGUCAACAUGGAGCCGUGCUGCGACAGCGACGACGAAGUGUUCUUUGGACCGAUGACGAUGCGUGAAGUGAGGGUGAUGUUCAACCUGAAGGAUGCCCCGGCAGAUGGGGCAAGAUGUGGCAGGCACCAGUCGCCUGGCCACUCUCCCGUCAAGCAUCCUGCAGGGAGCGAAGAAGGUCUGGAUUUGUUCAUUGUGAAUGGAGACCAGCAUCGUUCGGAGGGUGACAGUUCAUCAGACUCUCAUUCUUGCGAGUUGCUCAACAACAGGCUCGUAGCGAGCGACCUCGUAGUUUCGCAGCAGGAGGUGGGCAGUAGGGACGACUCCAGUCUUCAAGACAUGUAUCGAGCUAGUGUUGGUUCGUCAGGUGAAGUUUCGAGUGUAGCGUGCCCAUCGAUGCGGGAGAGUUCCUGCGAGACUUCCGAGAGAGAUGCUCGGUCGAUUUCGCCGGCGGACUCUAGUUCUGAUGACUUGGACGACACGUUCGCCAUGAUAAACAAGUUGCUGGCGCAGAGAGAUGAGUCGUUGCACACAAACACCUCUGCCGAAGAUGUGAGUGAGCAAGAGACUAGAAUUCCUCGGGUAUUUGCCGAAACACAAAGCUCGAGUGAGGUUUGCCACCAUGCUGACGCCACGGUCAGAGUGUUGCACAACUGGACGAAUGGGAGUAAUGCAUGCAUAGAAGACAGGAAUUCCACAAAUUUUGAUGAUCAGAGUAAUGGACUAGUUCGACCAGAACAAGGGUGCAACGGCGAUGAGUGUUCAGAGGAAUCAAGCUUGUCAUACAAAAUCAACCAACAGUUGGCAGUGCAUCAUGGCCUGUCAGAGGAGGAGAGUGUUGGGAGGGAAUUUCCUCAAAGUCCGAGCAAAGUUUUUCGUGAUGUUGGCCCGCGUGGAAAUGUUUCCGCGGUGGAAGCGUGCUCUCUAAACAAUACCAUUGAAUCUCGUGCGUGCGUAGAUGAUCAGGGUCUGUUCGAUGGUGGCGUUGCUGGCAGCACGGACACGGACGGGGAAGAUGAGGUGGAGGUGCCGGCACGGAGGGCGGUGUUCGCGACGCCGGCACGCCCCGCUAGGAAGCCCCAGUCUCCCCAGGCCAGGGGCCGCUACGUGGUCCAGAGCCCCGUGGGUAUGUACAUCAGGAGCAACCCCACGCCUGUCCUGGUGAAGAACGUGCGGCCCUCCCCCUGCAGGGGCGUCCAGAGGGGCUCCAACCUGGACGUCAGCCUCAAGGUCCCGACUCCAGUGACUCCUGUCGGCUCUCCCUUGCCCGUGGUGCGCUACACCAGCCAGGCCGCCUGCGUGCUGGUCUCGCAGCAGCUGCCUGUUCGCAAGCUCCCGCCCAGCGUCGAGAAACUCAUCGCUGUUCCCGAGCCAAUCGUGACGCGUCACCAAGGCAGGUUCAAGGUGAAGGCCGGACCGAACGUGAAAGACGACGUGGAGGUGUCGUUUCUGGUGCAGACGCCGGCCAAGAGAACACCCAAGUGAACUGCACACGUCUCGCCGGUCACCGUCGUGUAGGCAUGUGCAGUUUCCCGGUAUUACCCGACCUAAAACCGACUUUUCAUUUCUUCGGUUUUGGUUCCGGGUUAUUUUUCGUACGCUUCGGUUAACCUCACGUAGUGAUACAUUUAUCACGCGGGAAAGAUAAACAAAGAUCCUUUCAUUGUGACCAAUGUCUCACGAUGUAACAGUGCAUGGAAAAUGAAUGUCAUAGAGUAUAUUUUUACAAUGCAUGUCAUAGAGUAAAGUUUAAAAUCAAUAUCAUAGGGUAUAUUUACAAUGAAUGUCGUAGAGUAUAUUUAACACUGAAUUUGUGGAGAGAGAGGGGACACGAAAGACUUUAUCUUCUUUUUCAACAAUUUUUUGGGCAUUAUUUCUUCUGUUAAUUUUUGUCUUGGUUAAAGAAUUUCACAGAGACUGGCUCUUUCAAUUGCCAAUUUCACCACAAAUGAUUAAGAUUUUGAGCUGAGCUUAAGAACAUUUAAGUGGCAUUAAGUAACAAAUUACAUUUCAACGACUAGUUAACUUAAGUGUAAAAAAUAUACCCAAAGCUUAACUCCAAACGCCCAAUUUUGGGAGUUUAACCUCUUGCCCAAUUUUAGCAGACAGAUAAAUUGUCCGUACAAUUGUGUCAGCUGAUAUUUGAUGGCCAAACAAAUUAACGCACAUUUUUAAGCAAGAAAAUAUUAGAUAAAUAUGAUUGAGAUGUUAAUGAUUUUAAUGUGUGUAUUUAUUAAAGAAUGUGCUAAAGGAAAGUAAACUUCAGCUCGUGUUUCCAUCAGAAAUGUUACAUACUGUAUUUACCCACAGAAAACCACAACAGUGCAAUGUUAAUUUUUACCCAAAAUGGAUAAUAUUUCAUAUACGUAGGUCGCAUUACAUUUUAUUAAACAAAAAUUUGCAUUAAUCUGCUACCCUUAAGUGGGUAAAUACAGUAUAUUAUCAUCAUAAAAUAUUUUCACAUAUACUUUUAUGCAGUUGUUAUCAAAUAAUUAAAUUAAUAUCCUGUGUGUAACUACACGAGAUUAGUUGCAUAUGAGAAAGGGCUUGUGAAAUGAAAAUUUUUAAGCUAAGCUUGAAAUCUUGAGGUAACUGUAAGCAAGGCUUAGUUACCUAAAGUUUAACCUAGCUGUGGUAAAAUUGGCCCUCAAUGAUUUAUGUGAUUUAUGCUUUAGCAUAAAAAAAUUUUCAAAUAAUAACUAAACUGUUAUUGAGCAUACACAGUUUGAGAAACGAUAUGGCGUCUUUCAGUUCCUUUCAUAUAUUGGUAGUACUUUUUUUUUGCCUGUUUGAAUUUUAUGAUUUCUAGCAGCUCAUAUGUUGAAGACCAAUUAGAAUAUAAACAAAGCAUGCAAGCAAAACUUAUUUUGUUAUUAUACAUACACGUAGUACGUUUAAACUGUAGACUAUAAAGAAGAAAUUACAUUUGAAUUGUAAGAAAAAUAUAUAAGUAGGUGCCAAAACUACUGAACCAGAAAAUUAGACUAUAGUUUCACCGCCAGGAUUUUGACACCAGCAACGAUUGGCCUAUUUGUUCUGAAGCCUGUUCAGGUUUGAGUACUAUACUUGCCUCCAAUGCUCUCAACACAAGUACUCAAAACUGUAACAACCCUUUUCUUUAACACACGCUGGUGGUGAUUGCUAAAGCACGCAAAAGAAAUUAAAUCUAAUGUCUGAUGUAUAACAUUUAUUAUAUAAUUCAUGUCGGACAGCUUGAUUAUCACAGCCAAGUAAUGUUUCCGGGCAGAUACAACUUUAAUACAAACAAACACUUAAAGCCAACACUAGCGGAGGAGCAACAGACACUUCACAAAUAUGUAUGUGGCAUAAUGAUCUUAUUUAUUUAUUUAUUUAUUUUAUGUAAUGCCUUUCCCAGAUAAGAGUUUACAACGUUGUGUAUGUAAGUGUGUUGUUCAGUCAUCACAGCCAUGUUUUCUUACUGACAGGUUGCGCACUCGUACAAUAUAGGACAAGUUAUGAAGUAACUCUAUAUCUAUGCUUAGCUUGAAUAUGUUUGUGAUGUAUGCAAUACGGUUGGUUAGCAUGGUAAUAAUGAAUUGGUAAUUAAAUCUGAAUAGUGGUAGUGCUUGUAGAGUAUAAGUAUAUCAUCUUCAAUCUGGCAUUGGAAAAUAACAGUUUCUUAAUUUUUUUUGUUGCAGCCGUCAUAAUUACGAUCACAACUCAAAAUUCAAACAUCUGAUUACCAGAGACUACUGGAGAGACAUCAUGCACUUUUAAAAAAUUGAUAUUACCAAAUUUUAGAUCAUCUCUUUACCAACACAUCCAUUAUUUUAUAACAUGCUUUUGUCAGUAUGUAUUCGGUUAGCAAACCAUCUGCUAAAUAGUCAUAAUAGUUCUUUAACCUGAGGUUAGCUUAUCUGAGAGUUGGCUAUACUCUAAAUUUAACAGCAGGUGGUAAAAGUGACACUGUUUCUUUGUUUAAUUGUUCUCAAGAAAUAUGUGUAUAAAAGGUAUUAAGAUGGAAAUUGUUAAAAGAAAGAACUCGUAGAGUUGCACAAAAUAAUGCCAAAUGAACAAAACAUUUCAAAUGUUUGACUACAUGCUUGUCAAAAACAGUUUUACCAUUGUAAAUUGGAAAAAAAAAGUUUAACAUGUAAAAUAUGUUUUAUAUGCAUCGAAUGAAGUGGUUGAGGGAAAAAGUAUUUUUGUAAUUAGUGUAACUGUUAAUAUUAUGCAUAUUGUAAAUUUCUUGCAUGUUUAAGGUCUGCUAAAUAGAGAUAUUAUUUUUGCAUAUAUUUAUACUGAGUAGUAAUUGUUCAUUUAGAAACAAUAAAAAAAAUGGUGUAAAUGUGACCUUAUAAAGAAACCUAAUGAGCAGUAGCGAAAGCAAUCUGUUUGUAAGUACAGUAUUAAAAUUUUUAUUUGUUUAAACAGUU